AUGCCUAAAUUAAGCCAAACUCCCUCUAAAGCAAAAUCCUCAUCCAAGACUAAAGCCAAACUCAAGAACAUGAAGCCCAAACCAAAGAUAAGUUCAAAGCCAACCAGUGAACCUACACCUACACCUGUUCCCUCUCCACCUAUACCCUCUACUGUACUUGCACCUUUAUGCCCUGCUUCUGUUGCACCCACUGUUCCCACCUCUACUGGACCUUCAUCCCUAAAACCACCUUCCCAUGCACCUGUGUCUACUUCGAAAAACACCUCUAAAACUACCAAGAUCAAGGAUACGUCAAGAAAAUCAGUUAAGAGUGACAAUGUGGUGAUUCGUGCUGCUACUAAAGAGGACACAAUGGUUAAGGAAGCUGUGACUCAGGGGGAAUAUGUGUCAACUACUACUGAUCAGGUAAAAUUACCUCCAUCAAAGUUAGAUGUUCUGGUUUUUGCUAUUGAAGUUGCACCCUUAGAAAUUGUUCCACCCAUAAGUGACAAACCUCGAGUGGAGGAAACCACUUUAGAAACAAAUAUUGCAACUCAAGAGAAAAGGGUGGAUAGCACAAAUGUCAUGCCUAUGGUUGAGGGGGAAGGUGAGAAAGAACCAAUGAAUAAAGAGGCUUCUGAUGGUCUCUCUUUCAGUUGGACUGAGGAUGAGGAUGAUAAUGAAGGAGAGGAAGAAUGA